AUGUCCAAUAACGACGACAACUAUGGCAUAAAGACACAGAUGGUCACAAUAGAUGUCGUACUUGAACAUAAUGAAGGAUCCAUCUUACUUACUGAUUCUAAGAUCCCAGAGUCCACAAACCCAAAAUCUGCAUCUACCUCGCUUCAACCUUAUACUCAGCCUUAG